AUGGCGCCGGCAACGAUGACGAACUCUUCGUUUCCAGCGCCAACCACCAUGACGGAUGGCUGGACCGACUUCUUCAACACAGUAGGCACGGCGGCGGGGCCGCUCCUUACCCUCUUCGGUGAGCAGGCCACGAAGCAGUUUCUUUCCAUGUCUAUGGGAUGGGCUGACAACAUUUUGCUUGCCAUGGGCCCGAUUGGAAUCAUUACCAUCGCUGUUAGUGCUAUUCGCAUUGGCGGUCUUCGGUUACUCAAGGCGGUUAUUGGACGAUCUCGAGACAGUCGAGCGAGCGCAGAACAGGAGUUUCUGUCAUCAACUUCCGAAGAAGUCUGCGAACUCUGGAGUGGUAGAGAAGUUGUCCGCUUAAUCGAUAAGCCAAACCACAUAAAGUAUCUCGUAGUAGGAGGAGGUAGCCUUCCAGCUGUGGAGCGUGUUCAGUUUCUAGACGCCCACAAAGCAUAUCAACAGGGACUACUUAUUAUCCAGCCAAAGCCACCACAAUAUAUGAGCGAAGAAAUGCUUAAAAAGAUCCUCUUACAAACCCGAACAUCGCUCUAA